GAUAUUACAGUAACUCGAAGGAUGGAUUGAUUGCUGUGAUUUCGUUGGGAGUUCCGCAAGCCUUAGUGACCUUCUUUGAAGAAAAAAACGAGCUCCAAUCAACUACAGAAAUGUGAUUCUUUUCGAUUCCCAUCCUCUGCACCAUGAAAUCACAUCCUGGUCUUUUUCUACUGACCGAACCUUUGGUAGCCAGCAGACCGAAGCAUUCAGGGAACAAUCAACGUACCAACCGAUGAAAGCUUAGCAAAAGCCAUGGGCUCUUUCGGACAACAUUUUAGUUAUAUCAAAGCCAUGUCACGCAAAGAUGAGUUGAAGCAAUAGUCGUCAGCUAUUUAACAUUGCGUUCCUUUCAAGCGAUGAAGUUGGUUAUGGCGCUUCUUAGACCCGUGGCAAGAACCAGAAUGGUCAUGGAAAUGUGACGUGUUGAAAAAUUAAACUAAUGCUGAGCAGAUAUGAGACUGUGACUUAUCCUCAAACUGGCUUUUUGUGAUAGGGACUCAUCUGUCGCGUGUUCUGACAGACUGAUGUAAGAGCCCAUCAGGGUUCCCACUUACCAACCCUUUUGGUGUCGCUAAAUCAAGAUGCCGAGCUUUUUGCUCGCAAAGCCUCAUCUCCGACUAUUCUGAACAUCUUGAAGCUUGAAUUGAAUAUACUAUAUAUCUCAGCAAUUCCGUUAUUAAGCCUCUUAUCAGAAUGGAGCACGAACCAGUAGAGGAUAUACCCCAUUGUCACCACCAUCACCACCAUCUGCAGUACCAUACUCAUCAUCAUCACCAUGGCCCAUCUCACGAUGUCCCGAGGUCAAUGGGGGAACAGAACAAGGCUCAUUAUAACAAUACUGCCCCCGCGCUCUUUCGAUGGCCCUGGAUUAUUGAGCUUUGCAAUCAAAUAUCAAAAGAGCUACGUGCGAACGUAGACUGGAUUGGUAUCAAGCCACCAUCUUCAAGACCGACAAAAUUGUUAGAUUACGCCUGCGGUGAUGGCGUAGCGUCUCGGGCACUUGCACCGUUCAUGUCUACAGUGAGAGGCAUGGACAUAGCAUCAGGAAUGGUAGAGCAGUAUAACAGAAUGGCACUGAAAGCAGGCUAUACCUCGACAAAAAUGCGAGCUAUUCAGGCCGAUCUUAUCGAUCCCGAGUUGACACCAUCUCCGGAGAUUGACACGCCAGGAUUCUUUGAUUUUGACGUGGUGGUCAUGUGCAUGGCUCUUCAUCAUAUCGAAGACCCGGAUAACAUGAUAUUGCAGCUCUCAAAACGGCUGAGGCCAGGAGGAAUCUUACUUGUUAUUGACUGGGUUGCAAGCUCGGCGGGCAGUAGUGUUCAGACCGGAAAUCGAACGUUAGGAGCGAUCGGUAGAAUGGGUUUUCAUGAGAAUGAAGUAAAAGGCUCGUAUGACAAUGCUGGACUUGAAGAUUGGGCGUGGAAAUUGACCUCGGCGCCGUCUCAAGUACCAAGAGAGAUUGGUGGUGAACAGCAACUGUUUCUUGCUCGGGGGAGGAAGCCGCUUAGUUAGCAACUUAGCAUUUACUAUAAACCUGAUUUGAUUUUGCUAAUUACUAGAUAUAGAAUUAGCAGUUGUCAUCUCCCCACGACAGCAUGAAUUUCAUGCCAUAAAGGUGAUAUUGCAAAGUUUCCCAAGUAGCCUCUGGAGACGUAGUCUAGACACGUUGCUAUAAGCUUCAUGCGUCGGG